AUGCUGGAGGAAUACUGUGCCACUGCUCACACUUUUGCUUUGUACCUUCUGCGGGACUUGAGUCUUACCUCUUCAAUCACUGAUCUUUCAGAAGUGACUGCUGUCAUGCUGCAAUCUGAUUGCCCCUUUGAUGAUGAUUGCAGGCUCAGGGUACCAGGCUGUCCGGGCGUCUCGAUGGCGACAAUAUGCAUAGUUAUCAAUAUGAUUAUCGCGACUCCUGGCCGAUGGUCGGCGAGAGCCCCUGUUUUGACCGAGGGCGCUCGUCCAGUACAAAAUCCGGGACUGGAAAGUGAGGGCCUAGUUGACCGCCAUUCACCUGUGAUGCCUUAUCGUGCUCCUGUGGGGGGCUGUAUGCGGUUAGUAGAAGCCAGUCAACCCCUUUGGGCGCUGAAGUUCCUUCUUAUUCCUUUGGCAUUUUCGUCCCCCUUUUCGUCGUACCCAGCAGACGAGGCUCAUUGCCCCAUUCUUCCCCCAAACUAUCUCCACGCCCUCCCCGUCCCGACCCAUCGGUUCAUGCUAGCAUCUCUUGUAUAUGUACACACUUACUCGCAACUAGGGACAUGCUACUGGAACAUGCAGACACUCGUCGAUAACGCAUCGGGCUUCAUCAGGCAAACCCUCUCGGCAUACAACAACCCUCCCAUGGACAUGCUGGCACGUCUUAUCUCCACAGUUCCUGCACUCUUGAUGCGGGAAAAACUAUCUGCAGGGGUUCAGGCUGUAUUGCAUUGCCUGAAUUUCCGGCACGCCCGCGCCAGCCGCGAGAAAAUCGAACCGAUCCUAGCGUGGGGGGUGGGAGGAAUAUGCCGGAAGAUGGAUGCUUUCGCUAUCGACUUUGAUCAGAUGAAGGACUUACUGAACCUUCCACAGAUUGGGGACAGGCUAGGAGACGAAACUGCGAAAGUGCCGAGGCUGGAGUAUGGGGUGAAGACUACCCCAAUAGUUAACACGGAAUAUGGGCCGGAUGUCUUCCGGACCGGUUUCCUGUUCGAGCGUCCCGCCGGAAGUUGGUCGCUGCAUCCGGACCAAAAGGGAGCAGUCAUACCUCGUUCCAUCCAAGAAUAUGGGAAUGGCUUGGAACGGCCUUUAUUGGACGUGUCCGUGGACCAUGAGGUAGACAGGCUGGAGAUACUGUCGAUCGAUGGGCAUUUUCCGACCAACGGAGUUAAGGUCGGGCGGGUGAGUCAGCCGGAUCCGUGCACGGCGCCACUCGCCCGCUUUGCCUUCCUCCCAAGGCUCCUGUCUAUUCCCGUCGAACUCUAUUGCUUUUGCCACGGCCCCAAAGUACCCCCCUCAAACCAAUGA